GGCAGUGGGAAUGGAUUUGGGAUCUCGCGAUAGUUGGGGCUUAGAGUUCCAGUCGAAAAUGGCGCCCGUUGUGACGGGGAAGUUUGGUGAGCGAGCUCCACCGCAGCGCCUAACACGAGAGGCUAUGAGAAACUACCUGAAGGAGAGGGGAGACCAGACCUUACUCAUACUACACGCUAAAGUCGCACAGAAGUCUUACGGCAAUGAGAAGAGGUUCUUCUGCCCCCCUCCCUGUAUCUAUCUGAUGGGCUGUGGCUGGAAGAAGAAGAGCGAGGAGAUGGAGAGAGAAGGUUGUUCAGAGCAGGAGGCUCAGCCCUGUGCCUUUAUAGGGAUAGGAAACAGUGACCAGGAGAUGCAGCAGCUCAACAUAGAGGGGAAGGACUUCUGCACAGCUAAGACUCUAUACAUCAGUGACAGUGACAAGAGGAAACACUUCAUGCUGUCAGUCAAGAUGUUCUAUGGUAACAGUACAGACAUCGGCGUCUUCCUUAGUAAGAGGAUCAAAGUUAUCUCUAAACCUUCCAAGAAGAAACAGUCUCUGAAGAACGCUGACCUGUGUAUAGCGUCAGGGACCAAGGUUGCGUUGUUUAACCGGUUGCGUUCUCAGACCGUCAGUACCCGUUAUCUACACGUGGAGGGAGGGAACUUCCAUGCCAGUUCACAACAGUGGGGAGCCUUCUACAUACACCUCUUGGAGGAGGAAGAGCCAGAAGGGGAGGAGUUUGCAGUGAGGGAUGGAUACAUCCACUACGGUCAGACUGUCAAACUGGUCUGUUCUGUCACUGGUAUGGCACUGCCUAGACUGGUGAUCCGUAAGGUGGACAAGCAGACAGCGUUGAUGGAUGCAGACGACCCCGUGUCUCAGCUCCAUAAGUGUUCCUUCUACCUGAAAGACACCGAGAGAAUGUACCUCUGUCUCUCCCAGGAGAGAAUCAUUCAGUUCCAGGCCACGCCCUGCCCCAAAGAGCCCAGUAAGGAGAUGAUAAACGAUGGAGCGUCCUGGACCAUCAUCAGUACCGACAAGGCAGAGUACACCUUCUACCAGGGGAUGGGUCCUGUACCCUGUCCUGUUACACCGGUUCCUGUGGUGGAGAGUCUGCAGUUGAAUGGUGGAGGUGAUGUGGCCAUGUUGGAGCUGACAGGACAGAACUUUGCUCCAGAUCUCAGAGUCUGGUUUGGAGAUAUAGAGGCUGACACUAUGUACAGGUGUGGAGAGAGCGUGCUCUGCGUGGUACCUGACAUCUCUGCCUUCAGAGAGGGGUGGCGCUGGGUCCGUCAGCCCGUCCAGGUCCCCGUCACCUUGGUCCGCAACGACGGAGUCAUCUACUCCACCGCCCUCACCUUCACCUAUACCCCGGAACCAGGCCCUCGUCUUCACUGCAGCGCUGCCGGGGCCAUCCUCCAGACCCACAGUCACAGUAUCUCCUCUUUGUCCUCACCUUCCUCUUCCUCAGGGAGUCUGGGGAUGGGAGGUUCAGGGGGGUUGGCGGAAGGACAGGCGGACUACGGGAUUGGCCAAGGGGGAGGGUCAACCAAUAGCGUUGGGUUGUCGUCGGGUUCGUCGGUGAUGUCAGUUUCGUCAUAGCAGCGGGGAAGUAUGUGUGUGGGGGGGAGUGAGAGGCUCAUGGACCUGCUUUGGAACCACACACGCUCGCUCAAGGACUCUUUGGAAAGAGAGCGAAUGAGUUGAGGAGGGGAAGGGGAGAAGAGAGAUGAGGUUCUGAUGAAAGACAGACCUGCAUGGAGGGGAACCCCCCUCUCUGGUGCCCCCGUGUGGUCGUUUGUGGACAUGACACUGCAGCCUGGGUCAUUCAGUC